AUGUCUGCCACAAACCAAAUGGGAUUCCAUGCGUCCGUGGCUACUGCAGUGGGACAGGGAAUACUACUAGGCGCGAAUCAGCCCAUCGUGUUCCAGAACAGACUCAACAGAGUCAUUCUCAGAAGCCGUAUGACACUGGCAGUGGCGAGCUCCUUGCGAAUACAGAUGUUUGAUUGUGACUGGGACGGCCCAGAUGAUCCUCAAAAUCCUAAAAAUUGGAGCUAUAGACGCAAAUGGGGCGCGGUAAUCAUUAUGUCAUCGUUUAGUUGCGUCAGUUCAGUUUCAUCCUGUAUGAUUGCGCCCGCUACUGGCCAAGUGGCUUCUUCCUUCGGAAUUGACAAUGAUGUUACACUUGCACUCACAACAUCCAUUUUCGUGCUUGCAUAUGAUGCCCCCACUAAUCAAUCAAACUAUGUACCAGCCAUGGGGCCAUUGGUUCUAGGUCCAUUGAGUGAGAUUUAUGGACGGUCACGCGUUUUGCAAUUGGCAAAUCUAUGGUAUCUCGUAUGGAAUCUUGUCUGUGGAUUCGCACAGUCAGAAUCCCAGCUUCUUGCUUUCCGAUUUCUUGCUGGCCUUGGAGGCAGCGCGCCUCUCGCGAUUGGUGGUGGCUUUCUUGGGGACUGCUGGCGACCAGAUGAACGAGGAAGAGCUGUCGCCAUUUACUCCUUAGCUCCGAUAAUGGGCCCCGUCCUGGGACCUAUCACAGGAGCCUGGGUGGCUCAAUAUUCGACCUGGAGAUGGGUGCCAUUCAAAUCAUUGGAGUGUUUUCGCUUCAAGAGACUUAUGCGCCCCUCUUACUGGAAAGGAAGGCAGAACGAAUUCGCAGAUCGAUGGAUGCUGAAAAAAGCGUCUCACAGAGAAAUCCGCACCGUUUUCGAAGGUCAGGAUCGCUCUUGGCGGACCAUCAUGGCCAAAUCACUCAGUCGCCCUUUUGCACUCUUCGCCCAUGAGCCGAUCGUGCAACUCCUUGGCGUUUAUAUGGCAUAUAUAUACGGAUCACUUUAUCUCUCAGUAUUUUUGACGACGAUACCAUCGAUCUUCCAGGGCAUAUACCAGCAGCCGGUAGGAAUCGCCGGCCUUCAUUACAUCGCACUUGGCAUAGGAUUGAUAGCGGCGUCCCAACUGAAUGCGAAAACGAUGGAUAAGAUCUACAUUUAUCUGAAGAGUAAACACGGUGGAGUGGGAGGCCGGAGUUUAGAUUGCUGUACCAUCAGCUGCUAUGGUUCCCGGAUCUCUACUGCUUCCAAUAGGGUGCUUGAUUAUUUGGUUCUCACGUUACACAUCUCAAAUAUUCCACAUUCAGCUCUGGCUGCUGUAUCCUGUUUGCGGACACUAGCAGGCUUUGGAUUUCCCUUGUUUGCUCCAGCGAUGUACAAAGCACUCGGGUUCGGGAAUGGCAAUACUAUCCUAGCAGUCGCGGCAAUCCUCAUAGGCUGUCCUGCACCCUUCAUAUUCUGGCAUUACGGGGAGCAGAUACGGAACAGCAGUCGAUAUACACGGUGA